ACGGUGACCAUAGCAACGCGGUGGACGUCCGCCAACGGCCGCGGCCGGGUCUGGGGGCGGGUCUGGGAGGAGCUGAGAGCGCCUGUCACAUGACUCCGUGGGCGGAGCUUGUGCGGGGACGGCCAGAGCGUGUCCCGAGCCUCCGCCGCCUAGGCCGGAUUCGUGAGGAGCGGAGCGGAGGCAGCAGCGAGGCCGAGGGUGCCCGCCGGCUGUGCUGAGCCGCCGCCAUGGGCAUCAAGUUUUUAGAAGUUAUUAAACCUUUCUGUGCAGUUCUACCAGAAAUUCAGAAGCCUGAAAGGAAAAUUCAGUUUAGAGAGAAGGUACUGUGGACUGCUAUAACACUCUUCAUUUUCUUAGUAUGCUGUCAGAUUCCACUGUUUGGGAUCAUGUCGUCGGACUCUGCGGAUCCCUUCUACUGGAUGAGAGUUAUUCUUGCAUCCAACAGAGGAACAUUGAUGGAAUUGGGUAUUUCCCCAAUUGUAACAUCUGGUUUGAUUAUGCAGUUGUUAGCUGGAGCCAAAAUCAUUGAAGUCGGAGAUACACCCAAAGAUAGAGCUCUGUUCAAUGGAGCCCAGAAACUAUUUGGUAUGAUCAUUACCAUUGGGCAAGCCAUUGUGUAUGUCAUGACGGGGAUGUACGGGGACCCUGCAGAAAUGGGUGCUGGGAUCUGCCUCCUUAUCAUUAUUCAGUUGUUUGUUGCUGGUUUGAUUGUGCUGCUGUUAGAUGAGCUGCUACAGAAGGGUUACGGCUUGGGGUCUGGUAUUUCCCUCUUUAUUGCCACCAACAUCUGUGAAACCAUUGUCUGGAAGGCCUUUAGUCCCACUACCAUUAACACUGGCAGAGGUACGGAGUUUGAAGGUGCAGUCAUAGCUCUGUUUCAUUUGUUGGCUACCCGGACAGACAAGGUCCGAGCCCUGAGGGAGGCCUUCUAUCGGCAGAACCUCCCCAACCUCAUGAACCUCAUCGCCACCGUCUUCGUGUUUGCGGUCGUCAUCUAUUUUCAGGGGUUUCGUGUUGACUUGCCCAUUAAGUCGGCCCGGUAUCGCGGACAGUACAGUAGCUAUCCCAUCAAGCUCUUCUACACAUCGAAUAUUCCCAUAAUCCUCCAGUCCGCCCUAGUUUCAAACUUGUACGUCAUUUCCCAGAUGCUGUCUGUUCGAUUUAGUGGCAACUUCUUAGUAAACUUACUAGGACAGUGGGCCGAUGUCAGCGGGGGAGGACCUGCUCGCUCCUACCCUGUUGGUGGCCUGUGUUACUAUCUCUCUCCUCCUGAGUCCAUGGGAGCCAUAUUUGAGGAUCCUGUUCAUGUAGUCGUGUAUAUUAUCUUCAUGUUGGGGUCGUGUGCAUUCUUUUCUAAGACGUGGAUAGAAGUUUCUGGUUCCUCAGCCAAAGAUGUGGCCAAGCAGCUUAAAGAGCAGCAGAUGGUGAUGAGGGGCCACAGAGACACCUCCAUGGUUCAUGAGCUGAACAGAAAAAUACUGAGGCCCAACAAUGAAGAACCAGCAGUGUCCCGAAGGUGUGGACCAGGUCAUACUAUGGUCAUGUCAGGAAACAAAUAGACCAAGCGUGAGGAAAGUAACAACUCGGGCUUAUUUUCCUGAACACAGCCAGGUAAAGAACAAGUAAAAUGUAGGUCAUCACUUUCAGUGCCAUUUCCGUCUUGCUAACAGGGCAAGGGAGAAAGAGUUAAGUGCGCAUUGCCAUGGGCCAGGCCUUCCCACUGUAGCCCAGGGAAUGUGGCCCAGAGCUUUGUGCGCUCUGGGUAAACACUGUACCUGAACCUUACAUGAACCUGGCUUUAUAAGUACACCAUUUGCAUCAGAUACGAGGAUGGGGUUUAUUAAUCUCUUCAUAUGGGCACAGUCCAAUAGAUUGUUAUAAUACCGUGUAUCAAAUUCUGGAUGGCUUCUUUAAUUAUAGUGAAACUAAACAAUACCUCUACAUACAAUCAAGAGUUUUCUUGCCCCAUGCGUUUAUGGUAGAUGAAGGUGUCUUCCAGCUGCAGCCCUGCAGUCAGAGUCUGAAGCACGUACUCCUGUGAACUCCCGAGCGUGUAGACUGCUAGUGGUGGAAGGCGAGCCCCGUUGGUAAGUGAAUAGCACCAAGUACUGGAGACUCGAGAGCUCUACUGAGGCUAUGUGGCCAGGGGCUUGAAGGAGCCUUAUUAAACAUGUUUCUUCUUCUUAUAUAUCUGUGUGUAUGCACAUGGAGCACGAAUGUUGAGUUUUCCUCAGUCACUCUUCCACUCAAGAUCUCUCAGUCAGACCCAGAGCUCAUGGACAUGGCUGGACUCACUCGCCAGCUUGGUCCAGAGAGCCCCUCUGUCUACCGUCCAGGGAUGGAAUUCCCUGUUCGCCUCCACACCUACCUGGCUGACACAGGAUUCUAGGGAUGGAAACUCACGUCGCCUUGCUUGCAUCCCAUUUCCCUAGCCUUGGACAGGAGCAUCAUUUAUCGACAGCCACGUGGACAGAUGACAUACACAGCACGACCUCCAGUCUCAGGCCAAGGACCUGAGUGGAGCCCUCACCUGCUGGGAACUCCAGGCAGUAGCCGCCCAUCGGGGGCCGGAACUGCUUCACCAGGACAAUGCACUCAUGAUGAAGCGUUCUUUGCAGGACUGGUAUGACUGACACGGCUGUCAAAGAGAAAGGAAGCUAUGGAAUCCUUAAGGAAGGCCAGUCAGGCCAGCAGCCUGUUCACAGCAAUCCAACAUAAACCCUAGAUUUGAAGGCAGUGCAUCCAAAUCACUCUGAAUUUGCUCUGAAGAAAAUUAACAAUCUACUGUGUUGGCCGCCAAACUUGAAACUACUUUCAUUCGAAAAUGUAAAAAGUAACACUCUGUGUGACUUUUUUUUAUUAUGAAAAGUUCAUUUUAAUUUUCACAGUAUUGCUUUCCUUUCAUCUUUUUAUUUUACAUACUCUUACUAUGCUGUCUUUACUGCUCAGAAUAACUGAAACUCAUGAUUUUUCUGCCCCAGCCUCCCAAGAAUAUAGGAGUUCAGGUAUGCGCCACCAGACCCAGACAUAAUUUCUUAAAAAACGAAACUGAAGUGGAAACCAAGCAGGUCACCCAGGGCUGAGGAUGGGAGGCCCCAACUCCCCACGCGGCAGCCAAGAUCCACUGUGUCUACAUCAAUGCCUUUGCUGCUUUACCACAGAUGCUCUUCCCUCCAAAUAACUGGGCCUUAACAUAAAGCCAGAAGGCCAGACAGAAAGGAGAGACUGUGUCUGUAAAUCCUGACAGGUGAGAACAGCUACAGUGAAGCAACUGCUUGCUUCCUAGAAACACAAGUCAAACCACGAUGGAAAAACAAAAAGAAAGGCAGGUCAGCAGCUCAGUUUCCACAGACAACAAAUGGCUACCAGGAUGUUUCUGGGGCACCUGAGCCAUUUCUGCCUGGAAGGAAGGGGAACUGAUCUGAACCCCUUUCCCAGUUCUCUUCCCUCUAACUGAAGCAUGACAGCGGGGAGGUCAUUGACCACUCCCAAAGGCACUCACACUCAGAGUACAAAGGACUCCAGGGAUCUUAACACACCAGACACGGAGCAUGGCUCCAGAGUAUACCGACUAUAUGGCUAUAAAGCUUAACAUAUUUUUCCUUAAAAAUCUGUUUCUAGAAUUGACUUACACAGAGAGCUUUGAAACAUAGCAUUGUAAAAACAGGAGAGUCGCCCGUAAAGGAUCCUGUGAGGGUAAUUCUGCUUUGAGCUCUAUGCUUAGUUAAACGCCAUCUUAUAAUGCACUAACUUCCUUCACAAAGAGUUAUAAUAGUCAUACCAUCAGCAGAUUUUCCCUUCCUGGUCGUAAGCUUCACUGUUUCCCAGGUUCUAUGCAGAGAACAAAGAAAAAAGCCAUUAGUGCCAAAGGGAAAGUGUUCUUUGGGUUUCUGUAGAUUGUCAGCACGGCAUAGAUGCAAGGCAUGCAGAUAUGCUAAGGACAGUGGUCCAAGAGCACAGUAAACAUCUGUACUUAAACAGCCAACUGUGCUUUCUGUAGCCGCGUGAACAGAGGACGUCCCCACUCUCCCCCUCAGCCUCUGGCUACCAUCUAAGCAAGAGCGACUGAGCAGAAACUGCCUGGGCUCACUACAGCCUCAGGACAGGUCUGAAUCGUCACGCUACAGUGAGAAGCAGAAGCUGGUCCGCUGUCUAGACCUUUCCACAGUGAUGCAGUCUGCCCCAGGGACAUUCCGGAUGCAUUUCCAAAAGCAAAGGAGGCCAUGCACGACGUGGACCACCACAUCUAUGAGGUUUAAAAGGAGGCCAUGCACGACGUGGACCACUGCAUCUAUGAGGUUUAAAAUACGGGACAAACUGCACAGCUCAAGAGAGCAGAGCUUUCCUGCGUAUCUGAGGACUUCAGAUUUUCUUUGCAUGAGUGUGGCCUUAUAUAUGAGGAAAAGACAGGUCCCUAGAGGAGGCGGGAAGUGCUGGGUGUCACAGUCUCACUCCCUUUAUGGCUUUAGUUUGUGUCAGGUUUGUUCCUGGCUGCCUGUUGUCAGGUUUUGGUGAUGCCUCUGCUGGUCUGCCUGCUCUUACAGGAACGCCAUGCAGAAUUACAUGGAAAUUUGGUUACAGGGGACCCACACUGUUGGAAAGUGGGAGAGAGUAACAAGAAAUUCCUCCCCUUUAGUUCUCAUCUCUCAGGGGUGGGGAGGAGCACUGCUACAGGAAUGACGGAGGUGGCCAAGCAUCCAUGGUUAGACUGUGUUCUAAAGGUAGGAUUAUGAUCUGACACCUUUCAGAAAAGACCCAAGUUCUACAGGCAAACCAAACCAAACCAAACCCACCAGACUUCUGUGCUGCGAGCUGCUGCGACAUCAUGAGUACUGUGACAGCUCACGCAGCCUAACACUCCUGUUAGUAGCAAGAAGCCCAACCAACAAGCAGUUUCCAAUCAGUAGAACAGACCACAAGACACAAAACACCUUUUGCCACAGCUCUCUCUGCUGCCUCCUAAGGUUAGUCCUAAAGACUGAAGACAGUGCUGGGCAGAGCACUGAAGGUCCCAUCCCAAACACUAGGGAUAAGGAGAACAAAGAGGAGCAUCAUUACAGGUCAAGGUCAAGCAACAGGCAGAGAUGAGCCAUCUGUUAUGAAAGGCGAAUAGACACUCAUGUGAGAUACACAGCCGCUCUCCUAGGACUCAACACAUGUGCGCUUAUGGGGGCAAGACCUUAAGUCUCUAUUCCUCCACUAGCAGAACCCAAGGCCAUGACGGUUUCCUUCUUUGUGCAGUCAGGAGUAAACAAUCUGGAGAGAUCGCUUCCAGUGUUAGAACGGGGUUUCCAUUUCAAUUUCUCCAGUGUUGGUGUUCUUGUUGGCUCCCUGGCAGCUUUUUACCUCUAGCCACUGGUGCACGAGGUGGAAGCAGCAGACAACUCGUCCCACCUCAAAGGCAAGAGUAAGGACGGAACGCUAGAACGGAGCACGUCUAGAGCUAGUUCUCUACCCUUCUUCCUGAACAAGGCAGCAGCAAAUCGUUCUUUGGUUAUUUUAUCUGUAAACAUAUGCUUUGCUUCGGGGUAACAGAUAACGGACUUCUACAAAUUAAUAAAACAUGGUCGAUAGCCAUAUCUUCAGAGCUUGACUUUGUGCUGAGAGCCAUCAGUGCUGUGCAUGGCCUUCGUUAAUGACCAGAAAGAAGGGUUAUAUAUGGAAGGUGGAGCAAACAUGGUACUUAGACUUCAAAGUUCAUUCCCGAAUUGAAGACUAGAUUCUCUGGAAUGAAAACUAGAUAUAGGAAUUCUGUGGGGAAAAAAAGAGUCCACAAUGACUGUGUUGGGCACUUUUUUUUUUUUUUUUUUUUUUUUGGUUCUUUUUUUUCGGAGCUGGGGACCAAA